GGUUAUUCUGAGUCGCCAGACCUCGAGUUUGAGUAUGCUGACACCGACAAGUGGGCUGCAGAGCUCUCAGAGCUUUAUAGCUAUACGGAAGGACCGGAAUUCUUGAUGAAUCGAAAAUGCUUUGAGGAGGACUUCCGGAUCCACGUGACAGACAAGAAGUGGACCGAGCUGGACACCAACCAGCAUCGUACUCAUGCCAUGAGGCUCUUAGAUGGCUUGGAAGUCACUGCCAGGGAGAAGAGACUCAAGGUGGCUCGAGCUAUUCUCUAUGUGGCCCAAGGCACCUUCGGGGAGUGCAGCUCAGAGGCAGAGGUGCAGUCAUGGAUGCGUUACAACGUCUUCCUGCUGCUGGAGGUGGGCACAUUCCAUGCUCUGGUGGAGCUCCUGAACAUGGAAAUAGACAACAGCGCCGCCUGCAGCAGCGCCGUGAGGAAGCCGGCCAUCUCCCUGGCUGACAGCACAGACCUGAGGGUCCUGCUCAACAUCAUGUACCUGAUAGUGGAGACUGUUCAUCAGGAGUGUGAGGGUGACAAGGCUGAGUGGAGGACCAUGCGACAGACCUUCAGAGCUGAGCUGGGCUCCCCACUGUACAACAAUGAGCCAUUUGCCAUCAUGCUGUUUGGGAUGGUGACCAAAUUUUGCAGCGGCCAUGCUCCUCACUUCCCCAUGAAGAAAGUUCUCUUGCUGCUCUGGAAGACAGUAUUGUGCACCUUGGGCGGCUUCGAGGAGCUGCAGAGCAUGAAGGCCGAGAAGCGCACCAUGCUGGGCCUUCCCCCGCUGCCUGAGGACAGCAUCAAAGUGAUCCGCAACAUGAGGGCCGCCUCCCCACCGGCGUCUGCCUCUGACCUCAUCGAGCAGCAGCAGAAACGGGGUCGCAGGGAACACAAGGCUCUGAUAAAGCAGGACAACUUAGAUGCCUUCAACGAGCGAGAUCCCUACAAGGCUGAUGACUCACGUGAGGAUGAAGAGGAGAAUGAUGACGACAACAGUCUGGAAGGGGAGACGUUCCCCCUUGAGCGGGAUGAAGUGAUGCCUCCCCCUCUACAGCACCCCCAGACUGACCGACUUACCUGUCCAAAGGGGCUCCCGUGGGCUCCCAAGGUCAGAGAGAAGGACAUCGAGAUGUUCCUGGAGUCCAGCCGCAGCAAAUUCAUAGGUUACACCCUCGGCAGUGACACGAACACAGUGGUGGGGCUGCCCAGGCCAAUCCACGAAAGCAUCAAGACUCUGAAACAGCACAAGUACACGUCAAUUGCUGAGGUCCAAGCGCAGAUGGAGGAAGAGUACCUUCGCUCUCCUCUCUCGGGGGGAGAAGAGGAAGUCGAACAAGUCCCUGCAGAAACUCUUUACCAAGGCUUGCUUCCCAGCCUGCCUCAGUAUAUGAUUGCUCUCCUGAAGAUCCUGCUGGCCGCAGCGCCUACCUCAAAAGCUAAGACAGACUCGAUCAACAUCCUGGCUGAUGUCCUGCCUGAGGAGAUGCCCACCACAGUGUUGCAGAGCAUGAAGCUGGGGGUGGACGUGAACCGCCACAAAGAGGUCAUUGUGAAGGCCAUUUCUGCCGUCCUGCUGCUGCUGCUCAAGCACUUUAAGUUGAACCAUGUCUACCAGUUUGAAUACAUGGCCCAGCACUUGGUGUUUGCCAACUGCAUCCCUUUGAUCCUAAAGUUCUUCAAUCAAAACAUCAUGUCCUACAUCACCGCCAAGAACAGCAUUUCUGUCCUGGAUUACCCUCACUGUGUGGUGCAUGAGCUGCCGGAGCUGACUGCAGAGAGUCUGGAAGCAGGCGACAAUAACCAGUUCUGCUGGAGGAACCUCUUUUCUUGUAUCAAUCUGCUUCGGAUCUUGAACAAGCUGACGAAAUGGAAGCAUUCAAGGACAAUGAUGCUGGUGGUGUUCAAGUCAGCCCCCAUCCUGAAGCGGGCCCUGAAGGUGAAGCAGGCCAUGAUGCAGCUCUAUGUGCUGAAGCUGCUCAAGGUGCAGACCAAGUACCUGGGGCGGCAGUGGCGGAAGAGCAACAUGAAGACGAUGUCUGCCAUCUACCAGAAGGUGCGCCAUCGCCUGAAUGACGACUGGGCAUACGGCAACGAUCUUGAUGCCCGGCCUUGGGACUUCCAGGCUGAGGAGUGUGCCCUGCGUGCCAACAUUGAACGCUUCAAUGCCCGGCGCUACGACCGGGCCCACAGCAACCCUGACUUCCUGCCAGUGGAUAACUGCUUGCAGAGUGUUCUGGGCCAGCGGGUGGACCUCCCUGAGGACUUCCAGAUGAACUAUGACCUCUGGUUAGAAAGGGAGGUCUUCUCCAAGCCCAUUUCCUGGGAAGAGCUGCUGCAGUGAGCCUACUGGGCAGGGGACUGAAACCGAAGGGAAUGAUCUCGAAGUUCCUGAGGGACUGUCCUGGUUCAUUGCUGCAGUGCUCCCAUCUCCCUCUAGGUGGCAGCACAGCCCCACUGUAUCCAUAGCCAUCCCUGGUGGUGGGUGAGCCCAGGUUGACCUAUCUUGAAAAGCAGGAUCCUGCUUAGGAGCAGUCAUCUCUGCUUGGGAUCCACCCCUCCCCUCCUCUCUUCACCUCCUCUUCUCUCUACCCCCUCCCCUCAGACAUGGUUGAUUGCAGCUUAUUUUGCAAUCAGCCCCAAGUCUAGGAAGCACUGGGAUAGGCUGGGAGCCCCUUGUCAUGGCAUCUGAUGCUCGAGGGUCAGGCUGACUCCUGGGACACAGAUCCUUGGCAUGGCAGCUUAGGUUGGGGCCAGUGCCAGAAGGUUGGUGUUUUGGUUGUGCUCGGGGAGUUUCUGAUGUCAUUCCAGCCUCCUGCUAAAGUUUAGCCAGAAGCAAUCGCAGAGGCCCUGGUAGCUGCCUCAGCACUUUGGUUUGGACAGGGUUGGUACAGAGAAAGAAACUUCCCUUAACCAGAGGUGCCAUUUUUUCCUCUUGGUUUUCAAAGGCCUGUAAAUAUCUAUAUAAAUCUGUGUAGUCUCUUGUGUUAAGUUGGGGUUUAUAAUGUGUUUCCGUAUUCUGUUUACAUUAAAAAGAAGCAAAACAA